AUGGCCACCAUGACUGAAUCCAACGCUCAGUACGAACGAGACCUUCGGAGCGCACACCAAGACUACAAGAGGGACAAGGACUCGCAAUCCAAGUGGUCGAACGGGGCUCGCCCUUCUGCUGGCUGUCGAAUGGAUUGGGCCACCCUGGAGGCUGUCGGUGGGACCGACCACCAGCGGGCCAAGACACGGCCUAGGGGAAAGACCAGCGAAUCAUCCCAUCACAAGAAAACUCAGCACAAUGUGACCAAAUUUCGAUCGCACUGGGAGCUCCCCCAGGGUCGUCUGAAUUCUGCAAUGCAAGCCAAGGAGCAGAUCGCGGAUCCACUUAGUCAGUCGCUCAUGGACCUAGCCCCUUCUUAUGGCGGUUGGAGAAAUCUUUCCGCCUCGGAGGACUGGAAAUAUAGCUAUGAUAAGGUCGAGAGUCCAAAUCGACCACUGACCCUUGAAGUUUUCAUUAAAACAUCGGGUCGUGAGACGGAGCGAAUGGUCGAGAAGGAGUAUGAGAUAUUGAACCAAAACGGUCAAAUUCUUAAGGGUCGGAAGGCGCGCCAAAACCUCCGACAAGAACAUGUGCCUUCAACUGAGGAUGAGGGUUUCGAGUUAGUCUGA